GAUGGUGACUUAAUGACUUUUCUGAAGUCCAAAUCUCAGUCAUUUAUUUAAUUGUACCUCCAUACCUCCACUCACUUCACUUCUAUAAAUACAGUCUCAUUCCCCCAUGUCUUCCUUACCUUCUUUUCCUCUGCUCUAGUCCAAGUUAGUGUCAGAGGGUCAGACUUCAGCCACUGAAAUGGAUUUUCUUGGUUUUUUCUUGGUACUUUCUCUAGCCAUGUUGAAAAGAGUUCAUGGCAUUGGUGGCCAGUGGUCCAAUGCCCAUGCUACAUUCUAUGGAGGCAGUGAUGCAUCUGGUACAAUGGGAGGAGCUUGUGGAUAUGGAAAUCUCUACAGCCAAGGUUAUGGGACAAACACAGCUGCACUUAGUACUGCCCUUUUCAAUAGUGGGCUGACUUGUGGAGCUUGUUUUGAGAUCAAAUGCGUCAAUGAUGGCAAGUGGUGUCUCUCCGGGUCGAUCGUGGUUACAGCGACAAACUUCUGCCCUCCAAACAGUGCUCUGCCCAACAAUGCAGGAGGGUGGUGCAAUCCUCCUCUGAAGCACUUUGAUCUUUCUCAGCCAAUUUUUCAACACAUAGCCCAGUAUAAAGCAGGGAUAGUCCCAGUUCAGUAUAGAAGAGUUGCGUGUAGGAAGAGUAGUGGAAUCAGAUUCACAAUCAAUGGCCACUCAUACUUCAAUCUUGUCCUCGUAACCAAUGUUGGUGGUGCUGGUGAUGUUGUCUCUGUCUCCAUCAAAGGCUCUAAAACUGGUUGGCAACAAAUGUCUCGCAAUUGGGGCCAAAACUGGCAAAGCAACACCUACCUUAAUGGUCAAUCCCUCUCUUUCAAGGUCACAACAAGUGAUGGAAGCUCCAUAACCUCCACCAACGCGGCUCCUACAAACUGGGGUUUCGGCCAAACCUUCACUGGUGGACAGUUCUGAGUUCUAACUCAUUCAUGUGCUUAUCUAAAACUAACCAAAACAAAUUUCAAAAGUCACUUACAAACACAACUUUUAAUAUUAUCAGCCCUUUCUAGCCUCUUCAACUAAUUACAUAUGGUAUAUGUAAGAUAUAGUGUAUUAGUAGUGUGUGUAAUAUAGUGACUACUGUUACAUCAAGAUGGGCACUUUUAAAAUGGCCCUGGUUGGAUGGUUUGGACCAUCUUUUGUACUCCUUUUUGUCCCUUUUGGGUGUGUAUGUGAUUGUUGUUGUGCCUUUAGUAUUUAGCUAAAUCACACGCACACCAUUGAAGGGUUGGUGUGGUUUGUGAAGAGGGUCUCUGUCAGACCUACAGCGAAUUUAAAGGGUAAUUCAUUGUUAAAGAGGAGAUUGAAGACUGUUUUCUUUUAUGUCGGAAAAUCUUUUAAUGAAAAAAUUUGUUAUUGAUA